AUGGCGAUGGAACAAACAUCAGGCCUUGCCGAACAGGCAAGGCAGGAGCUUCUCACCAAGGGUGCGGAGAAGAAAGCGGCACGGGAUUUGGUAGCGGUGAGGGAAGCAGAGCUUGAUCAGGCUGAGCUGAGCGGGGAUAUAAGAAGGACAGCAGAGGCUAAUAUGAAGCUCUUGUCUGCCAAGCUUGCUGUUGCCAGGCUCGAAGGAGACGAAAAGAAGAGGGUGGAAGCACGUAAGCAGGUCUGGCAGGAAGAGUGUGACUUGGCCGGGAUCAAAGGGGAUAAGAUGGGGGAAGCAACGGCUCUUGUGAAAGUGAGGAAUGAAGGGGAUAAGAUGGGGGAAGCAACGGCUCUUGUGAAAGUGAGGAAUGCAGAGCUUGAACUGGCCAGGCUCGAAGGAGAGACACGAAGAAAGCGGAGGCUCUUGUGGAUGUGA